AGACGCUUGUGAGGUUAGCAAAAUGCCGCCAAAAAAGAAUGCAGCUCAAGAAACCAAAAGUUCCGGAGAAAGCGUUUCAAAAAUGACGCUGAGGGAACGUAAACCGUCAACACAAGCGCCAAUCAAUAAUAAACCCAAAAAAGUAAGUGCAAAAAAGCGAAAGGCGAAAGAAGAAAUCAAAGCUGUAACACCCAAGAAGAGGGAGGUUGAUACCGAAGUCGACAAUGAUUUAAGUUCCAAAUCCGAAACAAUUUACGAAUUCAAAGCAAAAACUAAUAGCGGCGAGGAAGUACCUUUGUCUAAAUAUGAGGGACAUGUGUGUAUUAUAGUAAAUGUAGCAUCAAAAUGUGGUUACACCAAAUCAAAUUAUGAACAGCUGGUUGAGUUAUAUAAUAAGUAUAGCAAAGAUAAAGGCCUCAGGAUCCUUGCAUUUCCUUGUAAUCAGUUCGGUUCUCAGGAACCUGGCGAUUCUGAAAAAAUUUGUGAUUUUGCUAAAAAGCGAAAAGUUACCUUUGACUUGUUCGAAAAAAUUACCGUUAAUGGUAAAACGGCGCAUCCUUUGUGGAAAUUCUUAAAAUUGCAAAAGGACGGUCCAAAGGGUGAAGACAUUGACUGGAAUUUUACCAAGUUUCUUAUUAACAAGAAGGGCGAGGUUGUGGAACGAUACAAAUCUUCUGUGCAGCCCAAGACGCUUGUUAAAGAACUGGAAAAACUUUGGUAGCUUUAGGUUGCGGUUUCAUUUUCUUUUGUAACGUAAAUGUUUAUAUAUUAUUUAUUUUUUUGUUGUUUCCAAAUACUUUAAUAUUUGUUUUCUGGUUUAAUAAUAAAUAAA